CAUAGUAUGGGCAAGAUUUUCUGACUUCAAGGGUAGUUUUACCAGGAGAACUUUCUCUGUAAUGUAUGACCUUGGAGAAUGGCUAAUGGUGGGACUACAUGGAAGAGGAGACUUGAAGGUACCGUUGUGGGGUUCUCUAGCCACUACAGUAAGCUGCCUCUCCCCUGAGCACCACUAAGAUUAAACAGAAAAGAGUAAUAGCAGGACUGAGAUGUGUUUUCUCUCUGAACUCCAACCAAGGAUGAGAUAAUAAUGGCACUUGCUAAUAUCAUUUCUUCACUGCAAUCAUAACUCUACCCUGAUACCUAUUUGUGAAACCAAGAUUCUUCUAAUUCUAAUUCUAACUCUCCUCUACCCUUAUAAAUUUUCUUGAGGAAACACCAUUCCCCAAUAAGCUGCCUUUCCUUUUUCAGCUCCGUUUGCCUCUCCUUCACACCUCCUGUUUCCGGUAGCCUCGUGUCUUUAGUCUGGGGGAUUCUUAUGCUGGUUGGUGGCUGUGGAAUGGGCGGGGAGGAGGGGGAAGAAGGAUGAGUCUUGGAGGCGGUACUGGAGGGAGGCGGUUUCCAGGGACCCUCAGUCUUGAUAUAAAGGGCUGGGUGGGUACUGACCAGCUCCAUUCCAAGGUGCAGAUUCGAGAUGGUGACUAGGGAUCGAGCAGAGAACAGGGAUAAUCCCAAGGUAAGAGAGAGAAGGAGGAAGAAGAGGAGACAUCCGAACCUUGAGAAAAACAAAUGAAGGAAAGACAGAGGAAAAGUUUCCUACUUUGGGAAAACUUUUGGGGAGAGAGGUCAGAAGGGGCCAAAAGAAAAGGCAAGGUGGUCAUGGUUGUAGAUACUGGAGUCAAGUAAUGGAGGUAGAAAAGAGGAAGAAGGAUGCAGAGAACAAAGAGAGGAAAGAAGGAGCAGAGGGAAAUAGAAAAGGCAACAAGAUAGGAAUACAAGGGAAAGCCAUAGAACUGGGGUGUGGGGAGAAUGAGGAAAAGAAUCAAAGGCAGAGAAUAGAUAGGGAGGAGAGAAAAGGAUGGUGGCUAAGGAGAGAGAUGGUGGUAGAAAGCUUAUAUAAGAAGAGGGCUUUGGAUAAAAGAAGGGAAACUAGGAAUAAGUAUUAAAAGAUCGAAGAGAAGGACACCUAGGAGAGAUGAAAAGGCUAGAGAAGAGGUAGGAGAGUCCUGCUAAAGGCAAUAAAUUAGGAGGAAAAUUAGAGGGACAAAAAGUGUGCACAGAAUGCGUGAUUGCGUCUGAUAAACAUGUACAGAGUAAAAGAAAAGGAGAGAGAAAGAGGAAGAAAAACAGCACCAUAUUAAGGAAAGACAGAGAGAGGAACAGGGAGACGGAGAGACUCGUUGAAAAACAGAGAUGGAAGGGGAAAAAAACUUUAAAAAAUAGAAUCAGAAAUAGAUUGGGGGGGACGAUGCGGGAAGAGACAGAAAAGAAAAAAGGAAAGAAAAGGGAAGAAAAAAGAGGAAGCUUAAAGCAUGAAGAUGAAAAUAUAGAAAGGAAGUUCAAAAAUAAGAUGCUAAAACCACUAGUGGAAAAGCGGCGCCGGGAUCGUAUCAAUCGGAGCCUAGAGGAGCUUAGGCUACUGUUGCUGGAGAGGACUCGGGACCAGAACCUCCGGAACCCGAAGGUGGAAAAGGCUGAAAUCCUGGAAUUCGCUGUAGGCUACUUGAGGGACCGGAGCCGGGCCGAGCCCCCGGGUGCCCCCCGAUCUCCCACCCAGGACUCAGAGGCGCUGACCAGCUGCUACCUGUCCGGUUUCCGCGAGUGUCUCCUCCGCCUGGCAGGAUACGUCCACGAAGCCAGCCCGGCAGCCCGAGCCCAGCUCCUCUCCACCCUCCACAGCUACCUCCGACCCAAGCAGAGCCAGCCUGAGGCCGGCUCCGGGGAGCCCCGCUGCCCGCCCCCUCGCCCCACGCUGGACCCCGCCGCCCUGCCGUCAGGCUCGAUGCCUACCCCUGCUCACCACCAUCCUCUCCUGCACCCCACCAGCCCCCGCUCCGCCUGGUCCCCGACACUCAGCACAACCUGGCCAAGGAACCUGGGCGCACGGGCGCCCCACACAGGACUGCGGCCUCCUCAGAGACAAGAGGGGGCACUGCCGGGGGGCAAGUCCCCGCCUGCCCCGCCCGCCUUCUGGAGACCUUGGCCCUGAGCUUUUUGGGGAGGGGGUAGGGUAAUGGGGAUCAAAGAGGGGAGCUGGAAGUAGAGGGGCUCGGAAAGGUGGUAGGGAGGGUGGGACGAGAGAGGGAGAGAAAAGACUCCGUUUUGAAGGGCGGGGGAGGGGCUCUGGACCCAGGCGUCCGGGAGCGGGAAGACGAGCUGUCUGGGGAGAGGGCGCAGGGUGGGGAGAGGUAGGAAUAAUGGGUUCUUUGGUCGUGUUGAGAUUCUUGUUUAUAUAUAGUAUCUAUAUAAAUAUAUAUUUUUCCCUCAUUCCUCUUCUCCCCGUCCUUCUCCUCCCCAUCAAACCUUCCAAGUCGCCAAGGUUGAGUCUUUCCUGUCCCUUCUCCGACAGCCCGGCCCCCGCAUCCCCGGUAUCCCUAGUUCAUGGAAUAAAGUGGCGAUCCCUUUCUCUCGGCGUCCUUUCCCCUCUCUCCCCCGUACUCCACUCCCGGUGUUGAAAAGCAGGUAAGUAAGCAGAAAGAUGUAGCUGCACCGACAAUCUCGGAGAUGGAGAAAACAGGUGGGAAGAGAGCGGAGAAGACAGGAGGAACUGAGAGAAUAUUUUAACAGGCCUCUGGGUUCCUUACUCGCCUAGUCAGUUUAGGCCAAGGGGGAAAAAACAAAGCGACUCUGGUGGGAUUCGAACCCACAACCUUUGAAUUACUCUCUCGUCACUAGAAGUCCAAUGCGCUAUCCAUUGCGCCACAGAGCCACCUGCUGGGCCUUGCCAGCUCUCGCCCUACAGCCGCUACCAUCGCCGCCUAGGUGAUAAUGAGCAAGAGGGGGAAAGAAAUGACUUCGAAAAAAAAGACUUUGGAGAAAGGGUGGGGCGGAGCAAAGUCCGACUGUUGUGAGAGAACGGACCGGCAAUCUGAGAGAUGGGAGUGUGUGUGUGUAUGUGUGUAGUGUUUUUUGUGUGAAGAUGUGUGUAUAGGAGGGGUCUGUAUAAUAGAUUGUGCGGGUGGGUGGUAUGUAAAGUGUUUAUGGUGUUUCUAUCCGUGCGUGUCUGUGUCGGUGUAGGUAGUGGGUCUGUCCCACUAUGUAUGUGGUGCGUGUCUCGAUGUAGAUGUAGGCUGUGUGUCUCCGUGUUGGUGUGGGUGAAGUAUGCGCCCGUGUGCAUGUGUCUACGUAUGUCUGUGCGUGAGAUGUAUGCGUAUCUGCGCAUGUCCGUGCGUAAUGUUGUGUGUGCGUUUGUCUGCGCACGUCUGUUUGUCUGUGCGUGGGUACGUGUGUCUGUGAGCGAGUCUGCGUGUAUUUCGAAUCCCCGUGAUCUGUCAGUUGGUCGGUCGCGGAUACCGACGGAAGACGUUGGCGCGGGAAGCUAUCUCGCCCUCUCCCAGUUCCCCAGUCCUAUCUUCGCCGCAGUAGGCAUGCUAGGGCGAUGCCUGUCUCUGUCUUCUUCCUCCACUGUAGCUCAGCGCUGUGUGCGAUAUAACCUCUUCUCCCAUUUUAUCGAUUUGCGUCCCGCCUCUCCCCUCCCCCCCAAUAAAUUGAUUUAAUAUGAAA